AUCACCAGUCUCAUUCUUAAAAGUUUGUGGACCACGGCGUUUACGAGGAGAGCCCUAUUACAGUAUUUUUAAAUGAUGGAUGUGCCAUGCAACUGCUAUCUCUUUGAUGAGAACCUUUGUAGCCAGAAUAUUAUGGAGAACAGUCUUUCCGUGAGACGUGUGGUGUGUUUAUUCGACGUGGAUGGCACACUUACGCCAGCCAGAGAGAAGAUUGAUCCUGUUUUGGACGCAUUUAUGCAAACCCUGCGAAAGACAGUGAAGAUAGGUGUAGUCGGUGGAUCUGAUUAUGCCAAGAUUGCAGAACAGCUUGGGGAGGGGGAUGAAGUCCUGAAAAAGUUUGACUAUGUCUUUGCGGAGAAUGGAACUGUUCAGUACAAGGAUGGAAAGCUUGUCUCAAAAGAGGCCAUUCAGAAUCAUUUGGGAGAGGAACUACUGCAGGAGCUUGUAAACUUUUGUCUCCGAUACAUGGCAGGCCUCAAACUACCAAAGAAAAGGGGUACUUUUGUGGAAUUCCGUAACGGAAUGCUGAAUGUCUCUCCCAUUGGUCGGAGUUGCUCUAAAGAAGAAAGAAUUGAGUUUUCACAAGUCGACAAGAGAGAGAAAAUUCUGGAGAAGUUUGUGGCUGCUCUUCAGACAGAGUUCCAAGGGAAAGGGCUGUGCUUCUCCAGAGGGGGUCUGAUCAGUUUUGACAUUUUCCCUGAGGGAUGGGACAAGAGACUCUCGCUAGAUCUGGUGGAAGAGGAGGGACUGGAUGCUGUUUACUUCUUUGGAAAUGAAACUUAUCCUGGUGGCAAUGAUUAUGAGAUCUUCAAUGACCCAAGAACCAUUGGUUUUACAGUGUCCUCCCCCGGUGACACAGCAAGACUUUGUCAACGACUGUUUUUAAACAUAUCAAUGGACUGAAUUUUUGCUUUGUUUGGGUUUUAUUUUCAGCCAAUUCUGGUCAAGGCCCAAAGGGCUUUAGUGAAAGGGGUUUUAGUGAAAGAAAAAGAUGAUUGUACUGGGAUGUCCCAGGUUGACCAAACUUGUAAAGGAGAUGCCCGUGUGAAUGGUCCUCUCCUCAGGUGACUUUUUCACUUCAGCCAAUUGUAUUGAACAGUGUAUGAACAGUGACCAUCAGUGACAGAAUGGGUCUAUAAGUGGCCAUUAAGAACCAUCUCCGACAAAAGGCAAAAGUGAAACUUCAUUAGAGAAUGUCUUUUUUUACUUUAUACU